UGAUUUCAGUAGUGUAGAAGAGUGAGUCAAUCUAGCUGCUUGAAUCACAAAAGCAUUGGCAUAUAUAUAUAUUGUCAAAAUGGAUAUUGUAGGAUUAGUGAAAAAGUCGUAUGCCGACUACGGUACUAUGCUGAAAGAUUCCUGGUACACCAUAAACACGGAAGAUUUAAAUUUUUAUUGGGCAAUUAAGCUGUUCGUCGCUAUACUCACCAUAUGUACAACCUAUUAUACCUGGCGGAAAAAGCAUAUCAAAAAACUCGAAGAAAAGGCCCAGCUGGCCAAUCAGUACGCCUCCCAUAUGCGCUUCCGUAAACGCGACAAGAUGCUGUUCUACGGUCGUCGAAUGUUGCGCAAGGUGCGGUCUAUUUCGGGACAAGCGUACGGUGGUCAGGGUCGAAAGCGUAAAGCUGUAAUGCGAUUUGCCAAGCGACUCUUGCUGCGUAAAGAUGUGACCCCAACACAAUUGCUGGUGAUUGAACCACCGGCAGAAUAUCUAGAAGUAGCCACAGAUGGUAAUGAUCGCGUGCCACCGGAUGCACUCUAUAUGUUGCAGUCCAUUCGCAUCUUUGGACACUUUGAGAAGCCCGUCUUUUUGAAGCUUUGCAAACAUACAGAGAUCAUCAAUCUUAUCGCCGGUGAAAGUCUCAUCAAGGUUGGCGAUCCGGACGAUAGCGUAUUUAUUGUACAAACGGGACAGGUGAACGUCUUUCUCAACAAUCCGGAUGGAAGCUCUAUAACGCUGAAAGUUGUACGCCAAGGCGAGUCGGUGACUUCGCUGUUGAGCUUCAUAGAUGUGCUGGUGGGCAACGCUAGCCAGUAUAAAACUGUCACCGCACGUGCUAUGGAAUACUCUCAGGUGAUUCGAUUACCAAUGUUUGCCUUUCAGCAGGUGUUUAGCGAAUGUCCCGACCUACUGGUACGAGUGAUUCAAGUGAUAAUGGUUCGUUUGCAGCGUGUAACCAUUACCGCCCUACACAACUACCUUGGCUUGAGCACGGAAUAUAUUCAGUGUUCAUCACAAAGGAAAAAAAUCCCUGUUCCUCCAUUGAAAAGCAGCCCUGGUCAUCGUCGAGUGCCUUCCGAUCAGGUGCAUCCUGUGCCACAUUCCCUCGUAGGUGAAAUAAAACCCGACAUGUUGGUAGAUUUGUCGGGAUCAGGCGAUGCGGCACAUAGCCUGGCACGUCGCACUUCUACCCUACCGAUCGAACCCGUCGACCAAGCAGUACUAAAGGCCAUCGCAGUUGAUGGUUUCAUGCAAGAGCUUGAUUUGCACGACACGCACAGGGGCACCAUCGAGGAAAACAUACUAAUCAAAGAGGUCUCUCCGGGCACAACGCUUGUACAUCAAGGCAUAUUAGAUGAUGUGAUGUUGAUUUUUGUUAUCGCCGGAGGUUUGACCCUUACACAGUGUCCACAGACGGGUAUAAUCGCGCAGGACACAAAUAAAGGUAUGGGAGAUAAAACGGAUAAUCACACCGUCACCAUUUAUUCCGGCGACGUUGUGGGAGGAUUGGCGGUUCUGACUGGUGAAUGCAGUCUUUACACCAUCAGAGCAAAGCACAACUCACGCGUCGGAUUGCUGAGUAAGGAUGUUAUUUACAAGAUAAUGCGAGAGCGUCCUGCCGUAGUUCUCGAUAUAGCUAACAGUGUUGUAAAACGUCUAUCGCCAUUGGUACGCCAAUGUGACUUUGCACUCGAUUGGAAUUUCAUCGAAUCAGGACGUGCCGUGUAUCGCCAGGAAGAAACAAGUGACUCAACUUAUAUUGUUUUGAAUGGACGCCUUCGUUCUGUUACGACGCAUGCCAACGGUAAAAAGGAAAUUGUUGGUGAAUACGGCAAAGGCGAUCUCAUAGGUAUAAUCGAAAUGAUAACCGAAACGCCUCGCACUACGACGGUGAUGGCAGUGCGCGAUUCCGAGCUAGCCAAGCUACCAGAGGGCUUGUUCAAUGCGAUAAAAUUCAAGUAUCCGAUCGUAGUUACGCAGCUUAUCAGCCUGCUAAGCCACCGCAUACUCGGUUCGAUGAGGUCACGUCCUAUUUCGACUAGCUCGUUCACAUCUGUGUCAUUCGACACCAACCAACAAAUCCAACAUCGCUACUCAACGGUGGCAAUCGUUGCAGUCAGCGAUGAUGUGCCGAUGUCGCCGUUCACGUACGAGCUGUACCACUCGCUCAGCACAAUCGGUUCGACGGUGCGGCUCACGUCCGAAAUCGUGCGAAAAGCCCUUGGCUCGUCCAUUAUGGAACCGCCGAAUGAGUACAGAUUGACCAGCUGGCUCGGUCAGCAGGAAGACCGGCACAACAUCACCCUGUACCAGUGCGACAACUCAUUUGGUCCAUGGACGCAACGAUGCCUCCGGCAGGCAGACGUUAUCCUUAUUGUCGGCUUCGGCGAUCGGUCACCGGUGAUGGGCAAGCUAGAGAAAGAAAUCGAUCGGCUGGCGAUACGAACGGCCAAAGAGCUGGUGUUGCUGCAUUCGGAGGAUAACGACGCUGCGCCGUCGAACACGAUCAGCUGGUUGAACAUGCGCGCCUGGGUAUCGCGGCAUCACCAUAUACAGUGUCCAAAGCGAAUGUUCACGCGUCGCAGUCAGAAUAAAAUUUCUGAGCUUUACGAGCGGAUAAUGAAGAACGAACCGUACAUUCAUUGUGAUUUCUCCCGACUGGCCCGAUGGCUCACCGGUAACUCGGUUGGACUGGUGCUCGGCGGCGGAGGUGCCCGAGGUGCGGCCCAUGUGGGAAUGCUUAAAGCUAUCCAAGAAGCCGGCAUUCCCAUCGACAUGGUGGGUGGCGUGAGCAUCGGUGCAUUCAUGGGAGCUCUAUGGUGCAUGGAGAAAAACAUAACCACCAUGACACAGAAAGCCCGAGAGUGGUGCACGAAAAUGACACAAUGGAGCCGACAGUUGCGUGAUUUAACAUACCCAAUAACGUCUAUGUUUUCUGGACGUCAUUUCAACCAGACUAUUCGUGGAACGUUUGGCGACAUUUGCAUCGAGGAUUUGUGGAUCCCGUACUUCACACUGACCACCGAUAUCUCAGCCAGCUGUGCGCGCGUGCACACUCAUGGUUCGACGUGGCGUUAUGUUCGUUCCUCGAUGUCGCUGAGUGGAUACAUGCCUCCGUUGUGUGACCCAACAGAUGGGCACCUACUGCUGGAUGGUGGGUACGUCAAUAACCUCCCAGGAGAUCUGUGGCGUUAUGCGCGUGCCAGUAUGUCAGUAGCCGGUAUAUUUCCUCCUAUCUGUGAUACUCGAGAUGGCCAUCUGCUGUUAGAUGGUUGCUAUACUAAUAACGUGCCAGCCGAUGUAAUGCGUGCUCAGGGAGCGGCCCAUAUCAUAGCAAUAGACGUUGGAUCGCAGGAUGAUACGGAUUUGACAGAUUACGGCGACGACCUGUCUGGUUGGUGGUUGUUAUACAAGCGCUGGAAUCCGUUUACCUCACCGGUGAAGGUGCCGAACCUGCCCGAUAUUCAAUCGCGCCUUGCCUAUGUAUCAUGUGUUCGUCAGUUGGAGGAAGUGAAAAAGAGUGACUAUUGCGAGUACAUUCGCCCCCCUAUUGACAAAUACAAAACGCUGGCGUUUGGUAGCUUUGAUGAGAUAAAAAAUGUAGGGUACGAGCAUGGAAAGGUUUAUUUCCAGAACAUGGCAGAAAAUGGUCGCCUAACACGCUUCAACCAGUGGUCUGUACACUCAAUUCCCAAAAAGGCAACCCAUUCCUUAAACGAGUACUCCUUUGUGGAUCUGGCACAAAUUGUUUGCAAAGUUCCAGAAACACACCCCGAGCGUGGUUAUUCAUCUAGCGAAGACGACUACUAUGACGGGUAUGCAUCGGAGCCAUCGAGCAUGCCUUUGAAGAAGGGAUACAAUAUGCCGCUGAUGCGUUCUGCCGGUUCUCUUUCCUUAUCUGAUAAUGAUAUGGACUCUGAUGAGCUUGAAAUUCCUAGGCCCUUCAAACCGCUCCAAGGAACCCGUAAUAUGUCAGGAGAUAAAAAACAAUAAUAAUAUGUGUUUUUUUAAAUAGUGAUAGACUUGCCAAAAUUUGGAAAACAAUUGCUGCUUUAACUAGCAGUAGUUGCUCGAAUUAGUUUGCUAUACAUAAAUAGACUGUUUUUUUCUCAAUACAUAAUUUUGCAUUCGAUUCCUAAUAUGGAAUUUAGAACAAGCGCAAACGCACGGAUGUACUGAAAGCCUUACUAUUUACUUGAGGCCUUGACUCAUUUUUUUUUCAAAAAAAAAUUUACGAUGUUAUGUAGAAAUGAAGUUUCUUUUAUUUCCCCCCAAAGAUAAUUUAAUCGUAAUUGUCUGCAAUUGUUUCCUUGAAUAAAGCAGUGUAGGCACCUUUUAAGGGGUACACAUUUCCUAUAUAUA